UUCCAGAAAAUGAUGUCAAGCCUUUAGACAAUUAGCCAAUUAGCUUCUGAUAGGAGGUGUACUGAAUUGGAGGUGUACCUGUGGGUGUAUUUUAAGGCCUACCUUCAAACUCAGUGCCUCUUUGCUUGACAUCAUGGGAAAAUCAAAAGAAAUCAGACAAGACCUCAGAAAAAAAAUACAUUUGUGGACCUCCACAAGUCUGAUUCAUCCUUGGGAGCAAUUUCAAACACCUGAAGGUACCACGUUCAUCUGUACAAACAAUAGUACGCAAGUAUAAACAUCAUGGGACCACACAGCCAUCAUACCGCUCAAGGAGGAGACACACUCCGUCUCCUAGAGAUGAACAUAGUUCAAAAGUGCAAAUCAUUCCCAGAACAACAGCAAAGGACCUUGUGAAGAUGCUGGAGGAAACAGGUAGACAAGUAUCUAUAUCCACAGUAAAACGAGUCCUAUAUCGAUAUAACCUGAAACACUGCUCAGCAAGGAAGAAGCCACUGCUCCAAAACCACCAUAAAUAAUCCAGACUACAGUUUGCAAGUGCACAUGGGGACAAAGAUCUUACUUUUUGGAGAAAUGUCCUCUGGUCUGAUGAAACAAAAAUUGAACUGUUUGGCCAUAAUGACCAUCGUUAUGUUUGGAGGAAAAAGGGUGAGGCUUGCAAGCUGAAGAACACCAUCCCAACCGUGCAUCAUGUUGUGUGGGUGCUUUGCAGCAGGAGGGACUGGUGCACUUCACAAAAUAGAUGGCAUCAUGAGGAAGGAAAAUGAUGUGGAUAUAUUGAAGCUACAGCUGCUGCUGUAUUUGUGUUUCAGUGGCCUCUGCCGGCGGUAAGUGGUACUGCAGCUGCUGAUGUGUUUGUGUCGCUCUGUCUGCGUGUUUCAGUGCGUGUUUGUGUGUCUCGCGGUGCAUGUUGGGCAGCUGGCGGUGUGUUGCAGUAUUAUGGAGGGUUUGGGGUUGCAGACCGUGGCACUGAGUGAUGACAUACAGCAAACUAUCAGCGUUGGGAGUUUAAUGGAGGGAAACACUGUUCAACUGGAGGACGGAACUACAGCGUACAUUCAACACAUCACAGUCCAACAGAAAGAAUCACUAGCGUUUGAAGACGGUCAGGCGGUACAACUGGAAGAUGGAACUACAGCGUAUAUUCACCACACACCUAAAGGUUUUGACGCGAGCACAGUGGAAGCCGUUCAGCUGGAGGACGGCAGUACCGCGUACAUCCAUCAUCCCCACGCACUGCAGACAGAGGGCGCUGUAGAGACGACCACAGAUGGCGAAACCAUCGCGACACUGGAGAACUACGCCACAAAGCUCGCAGAAUCAGAGGUUGCAACUGAUGAAAAAAUCGAGAACUCAAACGGAGCCGAACAGACCAGCAUACAGGUACAGAUAGAUAGUCAGACACUUGAUCUUGGUGAUCUUGGUAAACUAAGGCUUCGUGCGUGUGUUGUGUAUUUUCAGUUGAUGUUUGAGGGUAAAGUGUGGAGCUCCAGUAAAGUUAACCAGCACAGUGAAAAGAGUUUCCGCUGCGAUCACACGGGCUGCGGGCGAUUCUACACCACUGCACACCAUCUGAAGGUCCACGAGCGCUCUCACACAGGUGAUCGGCCGUACAGGUGUGAGUUGCCGUCUUGCAGUAAAGCGUUCGCCACAGGAUACGGUCUGAAGAGUCACCUGCGCACACACACUGGAGAGAAACCAUAUAAAUGUCCUGAAGACAUGUGUUACAAAGCUUUUAAAACCUCCGGAGAUCUGCAGAAACAUGUGCGCACACACACUGGUGAGAAGCCGUUUAAAUGUCCGUUUGAGGGCUGUGGUCGCUCUUUUACGACGUCAAACAUCCGUAAGGUUCAUACGCGCACACACACAGGCGAGCGGCCGUAUCUUUGUCCAGAGCCGACGUGUGGGAGAGCAUUCGCCAGCGCUACAAACUACAAGAAUCACAUGAGAAUACACACAGGUGAGAAGCCGUACCUGUGUACGGUUCCCGGUUGUGGAAAGAGUUUUACGGAAUACUCCAGUCUUUAUAAACAUCACGUAGUUCACACACACUGUAAGCCGUACACAUGCAGUCACUGCGGAAAGACGUACAGACAGACGUCAACGCUCGCGAUGCACAAACGCACGGCGCACGGAGACUUCGACACCGCGGAGGACGACGCUUUUGGGGCCUCACCGCAGGGCACUGAACUGAAAGAAAACGAUGAAGUUGCCAUGGAAACAAACAACAUUGGCUCACAGCAGGUGAGUUUACCAGGCGAACACCUGCAGGUCCUCGGCGCGGCCGUCACCAUGGUAACCCCGGACGGCACCACCAUCGCCGUCCCCGCCCACCAAGGCCACACUGCCAGCACGGGGCAGCAGCAUGUCACCAUGGUUACAGAUGGCGAAGAGCUGCAGCCGGUCGCUAUAGUAACAUCAGAGGGCAUCAUGACUGACGUGAGCUCGUCUCAGUACCACCAGGUGGCGCUGCUGGCCACAGAGAACGGCACACAGAUCGCAGUGCAGUUAGAAGAUCAGCAGACAUUGGAGGAGGCGAUCACCAUGGCAACAGCAGCGAUUCAACAGAGCGGACUGACCUCAGAUCAGUAAAAAAAACAAAACUCAGAUGCCUCAUAGAGAGAGAUUGUGUGUGAAUGUGUGUCUGUCUGUAAUUUACUCGUUUAUUUACCCGCUGCAUGACUUUUUCUUCUGAGGAGCACAAAAGAAGAUGUUAUCCUCCGUCACAUUCGCUUGUAAUUAUUAAAACCAUCGCUUUGAUUAACAUAUCCAUUUGUGAUUCACAGAAGAAAAAAAGUCAUACAGGUUUGGAACAACAUUAGGGUGAGUAAAUGAUGACAGAAUUUUCAUUUUGGGUGAACUGCCCCUUUAAACAUAAAUGUAUGAUUUGAAAGUGAAUCAUGUUGUGUGUUGAUAAUAAAGCUGUAUAUUUGUUAAAAACUAA